GUCUUUAUGAUUAAUGGACAAUGAAUAAUAAUAAUUCUGGAGCGUCUGACAAUAGAUCGAUGUCAGCCUUGUCAUUGAACAACGGUUCGUUUCGCCGUUCGCUCGGCAGUACGGGCUCAUCGGUACCUAAUACUCCUGUGCUAUCUAUUUUUUCUUCCACCGUUAUUGUCAACAAAGAUAAUGCAGGCUAUGGAAUGAAGGUAUCUGGUGAUAAACCUGUAUAUGUGCAGAGUGUAAAAGACGGUGGCGCAGCACAAAGAGCAGGUCUGCAUAGUGGCGAUAAAAUAAUAAAAGUCAACGGCGUGGAUGUGACACAUUCUACUCAUACGGAAGUUGUUGCACUAAUUAAAGCAAAUGCGCAAGUAGUAUUAACGGUACAACAGCGGGUUACGUGUGGCGACAUGUGCUCAACGCGCAACAUCCAAUCUGCUACAGUUACGUCGCCAAAUAACAAUACCAUUUCCAGCGGAAGAGCUGGCAUAACUGCUCCUCGACCUGUCGAUAAUGAAAAAAUGCGACAACUUGAAUUGCAUCGUAUACAAACAUUACGCAUGAUGCUAGAAGAAGAGCAAAAGCAUCUGGCGACUUUACGAAGUAAACCUGGAAAACGCCAAGAGAUACAACGAGCAGAAGCUCGUGUUCAUACACUUCAAGAACAGUUGAAAGCCCUUGAUACUGAGGGAUCUCUUGCUUUAUCUCCUACUAAUGCCGCUCAAUCUGAUAACACCACAACAUCUCAUUUUAACCCUCACUUUUUAUCCCGUUUUCCGAGAAGUUUGAGUAACUUGAGCCUGGGUGGACGUGCCAAGAAAAAUGAAAAGGAUGACAAUAACCACGAAAAAUGUGAUAUACGUGAGGGUCACGCUAGUGUGGUUAUAGACGCGCCUCCACCUUUGCCUCAGCGGAACAAAAACAUGAUGGACUGGUUGCAGGAACAGACUUCUGUGGAUAAUUUCACUGAUUUGGAUCUGUCAAUAGAUGAUAAUACAAAACAGAUUCUGAACUCUUUUUUGGAACACGAACGAAAUCCAUUUGUUAGUGAUGUGAAUAAUACUCCGCCACCGUUACCGCCUAGGCAAGAUCGCCCCCUUCCAAACUCGAUAGACACUGUUAUGAAUCAUCCCUUAGUCUCAACAUGUGCUCCAGCUUUAUGUGAUAACAUUACCAACCCUGCUUUACAAACAAAGUCGGCUAAAUCGGGUCAUAAACGUACACAAUCUUCUUCAGAUCCGGUUGUGAUAUCACCUAGCAACUGCGCAGAAAGACAAAGUAAGAGUUCUAGAGGAUCUUGGGGUCAUCCAGAAGCUACACCGCCGGGUACACCUCCUCCACCAUAUCCAUCAUUAACUAAUGCAGAUGAGGAAAUAGCAGAUGCAUGGAAUUUUCAGUUUUGUAACUCUAUUACAAAAUCGGAAGAUUUGCAUGACAGAAAAGGAACCUUAACUAAUACAUCUGACUCAAUACAGGCAGCACAAAGUGUUACGUCGCAACAACAUAUUAUUUCCAUGGAAGAUGAAGAAGUCUCAGACUCAGAGACAACUGUGGAGGAACAUGGACCUUUUAAAUCAUUACGUUUGUUACUGGAGCAUCCGGGCCACGUUGCUGUAUUUCUAAAUUAUUUGUUCACUAAUGCACAGCCAGCAUCAUUGCUUUUUUAUCUUAUCACAGAUAUAUACAGAGAUGGAAAUCUAAAAGAUAUGCGAAGAUGGGCUUAUGAAAUACAUUCUACCUUUUUAGUGCCUGGAGCACCUUUACAUCUUCGUAAUGUAGAUGAAACUAUGGCAAGAGAAAUAGAUGAUGUUUUGCUUUAUGAAUCUGAUAAGGAAGAAAUUUUAAGAAAAAUAUUUUUAAGGGCUAGAACAAAAGCUAAGGAAGAACUUACAGCACAGCUAAAUCACUUCCAAGUGACAAGGACAGUUGGUUUAGGAAUGAUGUUUGGGCCUAAUGAUAUUUCACUUGACACUGCCAUUGGCGAUAGGUCUAAAGAAAUUCGAGUAAUUGAAAUGGCUUUAUUGUCAAAUUUGGAAUCAUAUUUAGAAGACUUGGAUUCAAAUAAAGAAAAUGUUGAUUAUAAGCGGUAUGCAACAGCACAAGCUUUGGCCACAGUUCUCUUACGAUGGUUUCGUAUAUCACUCAAUUCACAGUAUUUGUCAUCUUCAGUCUUAGAACGAUGCCCUACAUUUGUUAGCAAAGAGAAGACAUUCAGAGGCAAGCUUAUUGGAAAAAGUAGAAAGUUGGUGGUUCGAGAACAUCAUUUACUGUUCCGGCAAUAUUAUAUUGUAACACAUUGCAAUCAGUGUCAUGAUAUCAUAUGGGGAGUUGGACCACAAGGAUACCAUUGUUCUGAUUGUGGACUAAAUAUCCAUAGAGGUUGCAGUCGAGUUCUCGAGGAGGAUUGUCCUGGCCCUCCUGUCAAUACGAAUUCCAAAUCAAAACAAAAUCAAACGGAUCGACGAAUAUCUAAACUUAUGGAAAAGAUAAGACCUAACCAUCAUUUUAUCAAUACUGAGAAACAGCAGCGCAUGCAAGAGGAGGAUACCAUUGAAGAAUUUCCUGGAUCUAAUGCUGCUGAUCGUCCGUCAUCAAUGUUGUUGAGCAGAAAUACUUCGCAAAGGGGUAACUCUUUAUCGACACCAGAGAAGGGAGAGAGUGCUGAUGACAGUCAUUGCUUAAUAGAUGAAGUACAAAAUGAAAAUUCGAAACCGAAAAGCGCACCUGUCUCCGUAAAUCGGUCCGAGUCAUACAAGGAACGACUAUCUCAAAGGCGAAGUAUGAAUCAGAGGCGAAAAACAAGUGACCCGAAUUUAUCCAAAACAAUCGAUGACAGCAGAGAUCACAAUGUUUCGCAAGCAAGUUCAACAAAUUCAAGUACAUCUAGUCUUUCCUCCAGAAGUUUAGAAAGCCCAAGUAUAUCACUCGAGGCCGUGCAUGGCGGAUCCAGUGCAUCACAAGCUGCGGGCGGCUUGAUGCUUGGAUCGACUUCGAUUGAUCUUCAAGGUGGUGACUCGGAUGAAAGCGAAAAUAGGCGAGAUUGGACAAUACAGGUGCCACCGGAAAUACUCGGCACGCUCACCGAUAAAGAUAAAAAUUCCAAGAAGUUAUCAACGGUAUCUGGUGAUAAACCUGUAUAUGUGCAGAGUGUAAAGACGGUGGCGCAGCACAAAGAGCAGGUCAACGGCGUGGAUGUGACACAUUCUACUCAUACGGAAGUUGUUGCACUAAUUAAGUCAAAGAAACUAUUGAUAUGGGCGUAUUAUUAUGCGUAA